AUGUCAGAACAGCCAGCAACACGCUUAAUUAUAAUAGGCGGAAGAAACAACAAUGGCAGUCCUCAAAGGAUUGUUAGAACUAGGCCUCCCUUAAAAUUUGAUAGGGCGUUUUUAGAAGAGCGUGGAAAUCAACUCAAACUUGUUCAAAUAAUUUGCGGUCUUUUCGCCCUCAUUUUAACAAUUCAUUGUUGGCCAAAUAGGUGGGCCCCCUUCUGUGUUGGCUACCUUUGGGAUUUUUGGCAGUUAUUUAAUGCUGUUUGUGUACACGGGUUUUUCUUAGUUGGCACCAUAUUUUUCGCUAUUGGCCAUUUAUUCAGCGUUCCAGAUGCUUUUUAUUAUUACAAUUUUAAUUUAUUAGAAAAAUUCUACACAGCAUUAGCUACAGGAAUGCAUUUAUUAGGCACCUUUUUCGCUUUUUACAACCUAACAAGAGCUGCUUUUCUGUUUCUUUGGUUUUUCCCAGUGUUUGCAACAUUAGCAGCAUUUAUUGCAUAUUUAACUGAUUUUCUGAUUCGAUUCAGAGAAGAAAAUGCUUCAAGUUUAAAUGCUAGCAAUAAAAACAACCAGAGGAAUAGUUCAGAACAAAAGAGUAGAUCUCUACCAAUAUCAACACAAUUACAAUAA